AUCGUCCCCUUCGGGGUGACAUACGAAAAAAUUGGAACGAUACAGAGAAGAUUAGCAUGGCCCCUGCACAAGGAUGACACGCUUCUCCAGAGUGGUAGACCUACGGGUCUCAAUAUUUAUUUUUCUCAUUCGUUCUGUUAUUCUUGCUCCCCCUACUGCCCAUCAAAUCCACGCGUAACAGUGUUCACUCAACAAAUGAGGGAUACGCAUAUAUAG